AUGGAGAACCAGCAGCUACUUCCGACGAAGUUCUUUUCGGAAACGCACCACGAGAUUUUCCCAAUAGAAGGAUUCUGGUACCUGGCGGUGCAUAUGGAAGCCAUGGCCGCCUUCCGGUCACAAUUCGAGCCGAGGAAGGACGACAUUCUCUUGACAUCUUUCGUCAAAACAGGAACGACCUGGCUCAAAGCUCUCUGCUACAACAUCCUCGAUGAAGAAGAAAACGACCUUCUGGCGAAGAAGAACCCUCACGAUGUCGUUCCCACGCUCGACAGCAGUUUCCUCCGAGACCAUGUCCAACAACUGCUGCUCAAUACCCCUCCGGGUCGCAGCCGAUUGCUCCACACUCAUCUCCCCUGCAGUUACCUGCCGGAGAAGGUGAGGAGCUCCGGAUGCAAGCUCGUGUAUGUUGCCCGGAACCCUAAGGACACGCUGGUGUCGCGGUGGCAUUUCCUCAACAAGAACUUUAAGGUCGGCCCAGCUAGACCGAUCACGCUGGAGAGAGCGGUGGAGACCUUCUGCAGCGGGGUUAUGGCUUGGGGGCCGUUUUACGAGCACGUGGUGGGUUACUGGGAAGAGAGCAGGAAGCGGCCAGAAGAGGUGUUGUUUCUCAAGUACGAGGACCUGUGCAGAAAUCCAGAAGAGCAAGUGAGGAAGCUGGCUUCGUUUCUCGGCCGGAAGAUGAGCAUAGAUGUGGAGAAGGUACUGUGGCGGAGCAGUUUGAACCGGCUUAAGGAGCUGGAGGUCAACAAGGAUGACGUUGCGAAGGAGGGAAAACAUGUUGGCAACUCCACCUUCUUCAGGACGGGAACCGUUGGGGAUUGGAAGAACUACCUGACUUCCGACAUGGCUCAACGUAUUGACAGCCUCACGCGAGUUAAGCUGCAGGGGACUGGGCUUUCUUUUGAUGACGAGUAG